AUGGCUGAUAGAUCAUCACCUUUAUUGGAAAGAGGAACGGAAUCCCAAGGCUUAUUAUCAAAUUUGCCAAAUUUUCGUUCAUAUUCCAAUGAAUCAAAAUCACCAAGAUGGUGGAAAUCCAUCAAAACUUUAAUAUUUGUUAUUUUUAUUGGAUUGAUUUUAGUUUUCAUCAUCAUUAUUGGGUCAGCUAUUCCUAUUCCUAGUGACUCUAAGCUCGUAAUUGCACGUAAUGGAGCGGUUUCAGCAGAGCAGCAAGAUUGUUCUAACAUUGGUGUUGAAAUUCUUAAAGAAGGGGGUUCUGCUGUUGAUGCUGCUAUAGCUGCAGAACUAUGCGUUGGUACGAUAAAUGCUUUUUCGGCCGGUAUUGGAGGAGGAGGAUUUAUGAUAAUCCGUGAUUCUGAUGGAACAUACGAAACUAUUGAUUUUCGAGAAAUUGCACCCGCCGCUACCAAUAAAAGUAUGUAUAAAGAUAAUCCGGAACUCGCUAAAUUUGGUGGACUUGCCGUUGGUGUUCCUGGUGAGAUUCUUGGAAUUGAAUACGCACAUAAAAAAUACGGAAAAUUACCUUGGAAACGUCUAUUUGAACCCUCAAUUAAAUUAAGUCGUGAUGGAUUCAAAAUACCGGCUGAGUUAUCUAAGCGUAUGAAGACUUUCAAAGAAGUUAUUGAGGGAACACUUGAUUUGGCUGCUAUUUAUGCACCAAAUGGGAUAUUGUUGGAUGAGGGAGAUCUACUAAAACGUUCAAAUUUUUCUAAAACUUUGGAAUUAAUAGCUAAUAAUGGAUCUGAAGGAUUGAUUGCUAAUUCCAUUAUAAAAGCUAUUCGAUCUGCUGGUGGGAUCAUGACACAUGAAGAUUUAGCAACUUUUAAACCAGUCAUAUCGAAACCUAUUCAUGGAUAUUAUCACGGACGAAAGGUUUUGACGUUAAAUACUCCAUCUGGUGGACCUGUUUUGUUGAGUAUGUUAAAUAUAUUAGAAGGUUAUCAGUUGUCAAGGGAAGGCCUUAAUGGAAAGAAUUUGCACAGAAUAAUAGAGACUCUUAAGUUCGGAUUUGCUUUGCGUACUGAAAUGGGCGAUCCAUCUUUUACAAAUAACACAGAGCGUAUUAAGGAAAUAAUGACCAAGGAUUUUGCGGCUAAAAUAAGAAAGAACAUAUCAGACUCGAUAACUUUCGAACCGUCAUAUUAUAAUCCAAUAUAUGAUGUGUUAGAAGAUCAUGGAACUACACAUGUUUCAGUUGUUGAUAAAUAUAAUCAAGCGGUAUCUUUGACUUCAACGGUUAAUUUAGUUUGGGGAUCAAGAGUCUUGGAUUCGGAAACCGGUAUUUUAUUUAAUAAUCAAAUGGAUGACUUUUCUAUACCUGGUGUUCCAAAUCAUUUUGGCUUAAGGCCUUCUCCGUAUAACUUCAUUCAACCUAAAAAGAAACCUUUGUCUUCAUGUGUCCCAGUCAUAAUUGAAAAUAAUGGAGAAUUCGAAAUGGCAAUUGGUGGUAGUGGAGGUUCUAGAAUCCUUUCUUCGAUGCUUCAGGUGUUAUUGAGUGUGUAUGAAUUCGAAAAAGAUAUUUUAAAAUCCAUUGAUGCACCUAGAGUACAUCAUCAAUUGCUUCCAAACGAAGUGUCAAUCGAAACUGGAUAUUCCGAGAAAUUAAUGGAGGAACUUAGAAAAAGAAAUCAUUCGAUAACUUUUAUAGAUUAUUAUAAAGGAGCAUCAGAAAUUCAAGCUGUAAUGAGGUUACCUAAUGGACUAGUUAAUGCCGCAAGUGAUUACAGAAAACAUGGAAUUGCGGCUGGAUAUUAA